GCCGACUUGCAUCUCAGAAAGGUUAAAGGCGAUCCGCUGCUACUGCCAAUGCAAACUAGUUGCCCACUAAGUUGUUUCCAAAUGGCUUGUUAGUAUGCAAAGAAUUCUAGACGGAUGAGCUGAUAUCGAUUCGCUAGCCACCGAAUCAGCUCGCGUCGCGCCCAUAUUAAAGCCAUAUAAACAAUCUCGUCUUGGGCGUAAAGACCGCGAUUUAUUAUCCGCACAACAAUCGUCGGCGGGGAGGCAAACUAAAAUGGCCAGCGGGUGCAUUGGGGUCGAGUCAGAUGUAAUCAAGUAGUCGAUAUGGACACACGCUUGCUGACUGCACUUUUGCUGAUCGCGGCUUGCAAGGCCGAGGAUCCAGAUCUGGAUCAGGAUCAGGCGAAGAUCACGUUUAAGCCGGGCCGAUAUGUCCCACGCCUUCACGGUGCCACGGGUUGGUAUAUUCCGGAUGAUAGUGGAAAGUACCGACACGAUCCCAGGCCAUAUGACGGCGGCUACGGAGAUCGUGGUGUUCCCUAUGACUCCGAUUUGAGCGGCAUUUUCCGGAAUGCCCAGCGCCAACUGGAGGCAAAGGUGCAGGAGGCCGGUGAAGGUCUAUCCCUCGGUCCACGAGAUCAUCUACGAUUCAUGAUCGACUUUAACUUCAAUGGCACCGGCUGGCAGAUAAUCCAGUUUCAAUGGGUGCGAGAUGGCGACGAAUCCCAUCCAGACACCAAGGAGUACAGCUACUUGACGGAGAACAAGCUAUGGGACACGGAUCAGGCCUAUGAGUACCAGGAGCCAGACGAUGGCUGCCAUAUGAACUGUCAGCCGGAGACGGGGGAAUACCAACUGCAAGCGGAGCCUGUUCAGGAGCCAGUGGAGCAGCCCACUCAGGAGCAGGAACCUUCAAGAACGAACAUCAAUUCAGAGCAGGAUCCUGGCAAGAUUCAUGACACCAUCAAUGAGGUCCUGGAGUACAUACAACAACGAAUCCUGCCUACAUUGCCAAUCAAAGGGGAGUAAGGUGGAUUUAGAAACAUUCAAUAAAUAUUGAAAAUAAA